UGUAUGUUAGCUUUUCAGGACUUCAAGCGAAGCUGUGGACGAAAACUAAUGCAAGUAUUACCACCAGCACUAUAAAUUACCAGCACCGUAACUCAACAAGUAACCUUUGGGGUUUUAUGCAACAUACUUUGUGCUGAAGUAAGCCUUCCAAUAUAAUACAUCUUGCCUGAAAUUAGAGCCCAUGGUCGAACGCAGCUCAUGAGUGCAUACUCAGUAUUACACCGUGGCACGGACUGUCCAUUAGAGUACAAUAAAGGAUGUAGGAGUAUACCUUGACGAGCGUUAGGGCUAGGCCCUUUGGAGCACCGCUCGUACCAUGGCGACAUCCGUCGUGCUGGGGACGCGGCCGGACUGGACCCGCAGCACGCUUGGGAUACCCAUCGACACUAUCGUCCGGAUUCAUCCUGGGCUUGCUGGCGCCAAGCCUGACCUCGCCUACAGCCGCAACCGCGUGUCAGUAUCCCGGGUUCCUGGGGCGGCUGCACGACCUGAGGACGAGUUCGAUGUGGGCUACGUGUACGGCCCCGAGGCCAGCAACCAGGACGUGGCGGCGCGCUCGCUGCUGCCGCUGCUGCGCAAGCUGGUGGACGGCUACAACGUGACGGUGCUGGCGUUCGGACCCACGGGCAGCGGCAAGACGCUGCUGCUGGAGGGCUCCCGCGGCAAGGAGCGGCACAGCCCCGAGGGCAACGGGCUGGUUCACAUCGGCGUGGAGGAGCUGUUCAAGCUGCUCAAUGAGAAGGCGGUGCACGUGGGCAAUGCAAUGGCCGAGCGGCGGCGCAUGCCCUCCGCCCGCGCCUUCGACUUCUUCCUGGAGACCUCCUUCGUGGAGCUCUACCGCGAGGAGGUGUACGACCUGUACGGCAGGGUGCAGCCGGGGGGCGGCAGGGUGCCGCUGCAGGUGUACGAGGACGUGACGGAGGGUUUCCAGGUGUCGGGGCUCACCUACCGCCUGGCCAAGACGGCGGCGGAGAUGAAGACGACCUACAACGCGGGACGAAUGAUGCGCGACAACACGAAGGAGGAUGUGGGCAGUGUCCACGACCGCGCUGCCGCCAUCUUCACCAUCCACCUGGCGCAGUACUCCCCGGCAGCAGUGGCGGGGGAGGAGGACAGGAUCAUGAUUUCCAAGAUCCAGUUUGUGGAUCUGCCCGGAUCCGAGCGCCUAGCCGAGGAUCCCGAGAUCCUCCGACUGCGCGAGGGCCCCAUCCUCAACCGCUCCCUGCACGCCCUGGGAGCCACCCUGCGAGCACUCGCGGAGGGGCCGGGGGGC